AGAGAAGGCGUGCUUGAGGCGGGUCUAAUGCGGAGAGCGGGUCCCGGGCGGUAACGGCCGGAGAGAGGGCGAAGAUGCAGUUUAUGCUGCUUUUUAGUCGUCAGGGGAAACUUCGAUUGCAAAAAUGGUAUGUCCCCCUCUCAGACAAAGAGAAGAAAAAAAUUACAAGAGAACUUGUCCAAACAGUCCUUGCUCGCAAACCCAAGAUGUGCAGCUUUCUGGAGUGGAGAGACCUAAAGAUUGUAUAUAAAAGGUAUGCAAGUCUUUACUUCUGCUGUGCUAUUGAGGACCAGGACAAUGAACUUAUUACCCUUGAGAUUAUUCAUCGUUAUGUUGAACUCCUGGACAAGUAUUUUGGAAGUGUCUGCGAACUUGACAUUAUCUUCAAUUUUGAGAAGGCUUACUUUAUCCUGGAUGAAUUCUUAUUAGGAGGGGAGGUACAGGAGACCUCAAAGAAGAAUGUUCUGAAAGCAAUUGAACAAGCUGAUCUGCUGCAGGAGAACCAAAAUGAAGACUGGGGAAGUUUGUCAGCAGACGAUAUCUUAUGAUUGAAAGAAAUCUUAGGCUAUUGGCCUGUUAUGGCUCCCAUCCAGAUCAUUGUUUGUCGUUACAGUCAGCACUAUAACCGAAGAGUUGCCCGUGUACAAUCAAACUGAUACAGCAUGCAGUCCAUGAGAGGCUGAGAGGAAAUUUGGUCAUCAGGUGGUGUGAAUAAAACAUCAGUGGUGCAGAGAGAUGAGCAAGCAUUAAGUGCUGACAUCUGAUGCGUACAAGCCUGUUAAAAAGCAACAAAGGAGAGUAAGAUCAGUGCGGAAGCUGCAAUCAGUCGUGGGGACUGCUGCCAACAUAUCAAUGCAGUAGUGAUGGUCUCGUAUUGCAAAGCUAGGGUCACACUGCAUCUAGCCCAUCUCUUAACAAAAUUGGUUGACAACCAUUAACAUUUCUCCUUGUGAAACUAGUUUAUAAUAAAGGAUCUUGUUUGAAGCUAUGAGUUAGACACCUUCUUCCAUCUUCCCUGAAAGCUUGUGCAAAAUCCCAUUAAAUUAGACUUGAUCAGGAAAAACAGUAUUUGAUGCAAACCUUCCAGAAACCAGUUUCACUGUGUCUGAGCAAUAGGUAACGUUAACCAUGACCUAAAAUAUACAUCUAUUCCUGUUUUAGAGAUAUGUUAACUAAUAUUGUUGAUAUUUAACUAUUUAUUGCAGCAUUUAUUUUUCUAUUAACAAGAUUUAAUUGUAUUUGUAUUGCUUUUGGAAGCUUUGAAGUAAAGUCAUUUCACUCAUGCUAAGUAAACUGAACGCUGCUUUCCAAAAAAGUACAAUGUCAUUUGAACAAAUCAAAUCUAUAUGUAUUAAGGGGUAGGAAAAUUUCUGGUAGCAAUGUACCCCAAUUUAAUGGAGUCUGUUGCCUUUGACAUUUGUGCAUUUUCUUUUUGUCUUCCCAGUCCCCAUGUCCUGAAAGAGAUUGCUUCUGCUUUUAGUAAAUAAUUGAUCUACAAUACUAUUAUCCUUUUGGCAUGUGCAGCAAUUUUCUGUAUGCCUUUCUCAGGCAUUAGAUCAAUGUCUGAAAGCUGUGACGUUAAAAGCUACUCCACUUAUUAACCCCUUCAGAUGUGCUCAGCUCUGUCAGUUUCUGUGACCAUCCAGAUGAUUGCAGGUGAGCACACCCAAAAUACUUCCAGUUCCAUAUCAGUCAGUUUGCCCUUAUCCUGAAAUUCACAUUUGUGAAACAUCCUCUUGAUUCACCUCCACAUUGGCUUGAAAUGAAUGUAGGAACUGUGGAUUGUAUCUCUUCAGUGUUCACUGAUGGAAGAUAUAAGCUAUGCUCCUAAUGAGUUGAUGUAGAUGCAAGCAAAUCUUUUAAUCGUCAUAGACUAACUGAGCACUCUCAGAGUCACUUACUAUGUUUAUUAUAAUCAUUUUUUAAAAUUUCUAGUGGUACAAAAAUGAGUAUUUAACAUCGUGUUUCCAUAUAAUCAGAUUAUUGAGAAAUUGAUAGCUUUAUUUAGGAUAGCAGUAAAGUUCCUCACUUUGUGUGAAAUGGGGUGGAGAAGAGGAAGUAUUAUCCUAGACAAGGUAGUAUUACAGUUCCAUGAAUGAAGGUGCAUUUUGGGGAUCAUUUCUGUUUUUAAAGUACAGACUUCUGACUUUCUUAAACGUAUAUAUUUUACACUAACUAGUGUUAGUUCUGAAUUCUGCUGGGACUGAAUUUUGGCAUUUAUUGCUGUGCGUUGAGCUGAUUGAAACGGUUAAUGGUUUUAGUGUUUGUAAGUAACAGCUUGCUUUAGCUUAUGUUUUAUAAAAUGCACGCUUCUGGCAUGUUAUAAAUAAAAACCUUCCUGCAUGCAUCAAA